AUGGGGUGGAGGGAAAAAAUGAAGCAAGAUGUCGACAGGCUCUCAGCAGAAGUGCAGGAGUAUGAAAACUUCUUGAACGAACUCCGAAGUUCGGCGGAGUCUAGCACCUCGCACUGGAUCAAGGUGUUGCUAGAAAAGUAUGACUUGAAAGGGGAUCUUGAUUAUGACAACAUCACCUCUCGUCCCUCCACGUCUCAAAAUGGCAUCGACGCCAACCAGGCUUCUCCAAUGUCCUCAAUUGGGUCACUGGAUGCGAUUGACCGAGUGGACGAGGAUCACAAUCGAACGGAAAAUUCUCGCGCAACAGGCUACAUGGGUAAGAGCUCGGAAAUCACAUGGAUUCAGCGCCUCCAAAGGGAAGCCGAGCAACGCUCUCAUGGAAAGUGCGGAUCUUUGGAGCCACGCCCUGACGAAGACGAACAAACAAAAGAAAAGUUUUCACUUCACGUUCUGAAUUAUCAUCUGGACGACCUCAGCAUUUCUGUCCCUGAACCAGUGCAGGAAUAUAGCAUGCCACCUCGGGAUCACGCAGAUCAACUUCUUGCCACCUACCUAGAAAUGGUUCAUCCGUUUUUCCCAAUCAUUAGCAAGCCCUUGUUCAACGCACAAUUUCGGUCUUUUUUCGACAGCUCCGCCCAAUUUCGUGGUAUUCGACCCGGCGACAAGUGGCUUGCAAUUCUGAACACCAUUUUUGCAAUCGCCGCCAGAUAUUCCGACCUCACUAAUGCGCCCUGGCACGGGACGGGAACGGACCAUCUCAUGUACCUAGCUCGAGCUAGACGUCUGAGUAUGAGCAGCAAGGAUCUUUUCAGCCAUCCUGAUCUUCAGCAGGUCCAGGUAGAAGGCUUGAUUGCAUUCUACCUUCUAUCCUCCAAUCAAAUCAAUAGGGCCUGGAGAAUCUCGGCCUUGGCCGUGCGCUCCGCAAUUACAUUAGGCCUGAAUCUGAGGAACAACAACUCAGUCACCCCCAACGUGUCUAAGGAAUCACGAUACAAGGUGUGGUGGUGUAUUUACUCUCUUGAGCACAUGCUUGGCAUCAUGACUGGCCGACCAUUAUCUACCCUGGACGGAGGCUCUGCAACUCCCCUGCCACUCCCCUUUGAUGAGGAUCAGUUGAAGACAGAUCCUGCGGCCAUUGAAAUGCUGGAGGACCCACAGUUGCGAGAGGCUAGGAUUAGGAAUGUGAUGGCGAGCACAUGGGAUCGUCCAAUCGGAGGCGUGAGGGAGAACGCGCAGUCAAGUGACCAACCUUGGGUCAAGAAUCUACCUGCAACCUUCAGCGUGUGCUACCUUUAUUCUUGUGACUUGACGGUCAUCACCCAGGACGUUCUCCACAAAGUCUACUCGACGCACUGUGUGCUGCUUCCGUGGGCAGAAAUCGAGAGUCGCAUCGAUGAGUUGCGAUUGCGAUUCGAUCUAUGGCGAUCUAACCUUCCCACAACCCUUGAAUUCACAGAGCGAACGAACGGUGAUAGUUGUGAACCUCUCCGCUGCAAACUCCUAUUGGGAUUUCAGUACUACAGCGCUCGGAUCACUCUAGGUCGACCAUGUCUCUGCCGACGCGAUGCCCGGCAAAACGUGUCGACUCCGACUUUCAGUCACUCAAUGGCACUCAUCACUCUAGAGUCUGCAACAAGCAUGAUAAACCUGAUCUCAGACGCGCCGAAUAUACUUCAGCUUUACGAGAUGUGCCCCUGGUGGUGUGUUUUGCGCCAGCUGAUGCAGGCUGCUGUUGUCAUACUUCUCGAACUCUCAUUUGGUAGCGUACAUAACCCCGAAGAGGAACCGAACUUUGUGCAACUCGCCAAGAAAUGUAUUCGCUGGUUCUUCGCAAUGCCGGAGCCCAGUGCGCAGCGUGCCUGGCGGCUUUGUGAUUCCAUCUUCCGCAAAUUAGCCCGGGGGAUGAAAUACAGCACUUCCGAUAUCCCAUCUCAUCCUUCCUUGCGACAUCACCAUUCAAAUCUCUCCAUCCCGCAGACAUCACCCGAUCGCGCAUCCGACCAUGUGCAGGAUUAUUUCAACUUGCAACCAGAGGACAUAUCGUUAUUUGGCUCACACCCGGCCCCAGACGCGCAUCUCUGGACGAGCUUCCUCGGCCAUGCUACCCCAGAGCUGACAUCUUCUGCGCAGGAGCCUUUGGCGCCGGCUGAUCCGUAUCUUCCUUAUGAUCCCUUGAGCGAUGAUUUUCUGCGCGCUUUCUUUGCCGCUCCUGGAGAAGAUAGCACACAAGGCCCAUGA